GCCUCGACCACGUAGCAGAUUCCUGGCAGAGGCAGUGCUUGGGUCUACUCUCCUUCUCACUCCCUCUCUCGCUGGCUGUGUCUCACGCACACACGCGUACACCGCGUGUGUCACUUGCCCAUGUAGAACCACGUAGCACCAGCAUUGGAUUCUGAUCAGCCUCACAAAGCCAGCAGGAGCCUGUCAUGGAUCUUUUCGAACUGGACUUUUUCCGAGACUGGGAGCUUGAACAACCAUGCCAUUUGGAGUCGGAGCGCAGUGUCCUCAAAAGGAGAGAAUGGGAGAGGAGGACCCAGGAGGUCCAACAGGAUGAAGAUUUGUUCUUGACUGGAUUCAACCUGUUUGGUGAACCUUACAAAACUAAUAAAGGUGAUGCGUUGGCGAGUCGGGUCCAGAACACGCUUGGCUCCUAUGAAGAGAUGAAAGACCUGUUAACCACCCAUUCAAACCAGAGCCACUUAGUGGGUAUCCCCAAAGGCAGCAGUGCCAACAACAACAACACCAUGCAACAACCACCAACCACUUCAGUGACUGAGAGAGCUACAAUGGAGUCCCAGCUAUUCAGUGAGACCAUGAAUGGAGGCACAGGAACUGAGGGGGGAGGAGUAGAGCGGGGUGGGGAAAAAAGGAUCGCAAGUGCGUCACUGGCAUCCUCAAAUUCCAUGCAACCGACUGCGUCAACAAUGACAGCGUCAUCAAGUGUUCAGUCAUUGUCCCAUCACAAUUCCAAAAAGUCCAGGAGCUCCACUGAGUGGACAAAGGGAGGCCAUGCGCAGAGCACCCCGGCAACAGGCCAAGGUCAGGCUCCAGGAGCUGCAAAUGGAAGGGGGAAAAUCUCAAUGUUUGAAGAGCAGGAACUCCCAAGGCAUGAUGAGCUUUUUAGCUCUCUGAAAGAUGAAUUAGGUCUAAAACGAGAUUCAAGCCCUUCUUCGUCAUCUUCAUCCUCUUCCUCCGCCUCCUCUGGAAGACGGCAUUCUUCACAUCCCACUAAAACUCUUCCUGUUCCAGAUGGUGGAAAUUUUCGCUCUUUGACUAUGGAUGCUGGUCAUUGCAAAUCGUCUGGCUCCCCGUUAGAAACUGAACCAAGCUCUCACCUCUCGACAUCGUCCUCCCCACUGGCUUCCACGUCACUUUUGUCAGCACCUGUACCUGGCCUAACCACUCCCACAUCUACGUUCCCACUCGGUGGCCUAUCAGGGAAGCCGAUUGCGGUGCAGCAGAAACCAACAGCGUACGUUCGCCCAAUGGAUGGCCAGGACCAGGCGCCCAUCGACUCUCCUCAAUUAAAACCUCUUCCCGUGGCCCCAGAGGGGUUCAACUGUGGUCAAACAUAUGGGGGAAACUCUGGCAACAUGAAGAAUAAACUGCCUAAACUGAGUCUGAGCCACCCUGCGGAGGUCAACCUUCCAAAUGACUCCGGUUGUGUCGAAGAGAUUUUGCGGGAGAUGACUCACUCCUGGCCACCCCCUCUCACAGCCAUUCACACUCCUGGAAAAGCUGAUCAAACAAAGUUCCCCAUUCCAAGCAAGGAGUCGCAGCAUGUGACCUCGAGCUACAACACCCAGAAGCGAUGUACUGUAUCAGCCAGCAAGUCAGCUGUGAAACCACCAAGUGCACCACAAAAGUCAAUGCUGGAGGAUGACCUAAAGAUCAGCAGUGAUGAGGAGGAGGCCGAGCAACAGGUAUCCGACAAGCCCAAAGCCCGAACGACAGCCCUGAGCGGUGCAUCGGGGAGCAGCAGUGAAUCUGAGAGCAGCUCCGAGUCGGACACAGACGAAUCAGAAAGCAGUUCCACUGACAGCGAGUAUAACCAGACCGCCCGCGCCGCAUCCCCUGAGCCUGAGCCAUCCUCAAGUAACAAAUGGCAGCUGGACAGCUGGUUGAACAAGGUCCAAGCUCAAACUAAACCUCUGGUGGCGCCACAGCAAGAUCAUCAUGGCACAGGUUCUGUCACCCAGAGUCAGGAAACAUUUUCACAGCGCAGCGAAGCAGCAGGAGUGGGUGCCGCAGCCAAGACCAAACCCUGUGGCUCCAACGUUCCUUCACUUCCCACAGCGCCAGCAGUGGAGCACAAAGAUGCCAGGGGAACAUUUUGCCCAAGCAGGGAGAAAACGAAGGCCAAACUCAGCCAGAAGGCAUCGGGGGAAAGUCAGAGGUCAAAGAUGAGGCUGUCGCCAGGACUGAUGUCCGGACCAGAGGUCGCCACACCGAGGAGAACCACUACAGGGAAGAAACAGCCCAGACGGACAGAGAGGUCGAACAGUAUGGAGGAUAAUCAGAGUCAGACAUGGAGCAGCAGAUCAAACCAACAAAGUAGCCCUGCAGUGAGGGAAAAGGACCUGUACCCUCCUUCCUCCCUGGAGCAUCAGAACACGUCCAGACCAAGAACCAAGCCCGCCAGUGGGAAAGCAGCUCCUAGGAAAGAACCUCGGAGUUCCACCAACUCAAACAACACAGUUGCACAACCAGUAGCACUACAGCAAACCACUGUGCCAAUACCUACUGUCAGUGUAAACCAGGACAAGCGAAAGCACAGAGGCCCAAGUAGCAAAAUCACACCCAAGUCCAGAGAGUUUGUCGAAACAGAUUCUUCCUCCUCUUCUUCGGAAUGCCAGUCGGAUUCAGAAGAAGUCAUGAAAAUCCCUGCUUUGCCACUUCAAACGACACGUGCCGCUAUUAACGCACAGCCUCAGUCCAACUCGCACACUCCCCCUCUUCCCUGUUUUGGCUCGGCCAGCGGAAUGGGAAGUCUGGGAGUCUUUGGAGGCAAGGGACUUUGUGUUCGAGAUGGUGGCAGUGUGACUGCCAAUAUGAAUAGUACCACUGGUAGCAUCAGCAGCAGCAAUGGCACUGGGAGUAGUAGUAGCUAUAACACGCAAAACAUUAACAACAUAAGUGGUUCAUUUAGUACCUCUGUUCCUGACCCUGGCGGGUUAGGUGGACCGUGCAAGAACCUGGAGUCUAUGUCACCACACUUCAACAUGGGACAAGAUAUGCCGACUCUUUCCCCACUUACGGAAUACCAGGAGACACAGAGUCUAUGGGUGAAAAUUGACCUAAGUUUGCUAAACAGGGUGCCAGGGAAGGAUUUUGGUCAAAUAUCUCGGGUAGGGAUAAUAGAACAGGAUGGCAUUGAAGGAAGAGGGUGCGAGCGACCAGCGGAAAGGGUCAUGGUGUCAGAGAGAGAGAGACAAAAACAGGGUGACAGAGAGUGGCAAGGGCUCAGGGAAAGACCCAAGUUACCAAAAGGGGAGCAGCAGAAUGAAGAAAAUGAAACAUUAGGGCACGACGCAGAGAGGCAGUGUGGUACCAAUAGAUUAACAGAGAGGGACAGGCAGGCGGAUAGAGAGGAGAGGGAAAGGUUCAACUUGGGAGAGAGAGACAAGGUGAUGGAAAGAAGAGAAAAGGGAUGUCAGGGGCUCAGGGUCACGGGCAACCCUCCUGUGCAAGAAAAGAGUCUUCCAAGGCUACCUGGGAGGACGGAGAGAGGAGAGAGUGGAGGAAAACACAGGAGGCAAGCUACCGGCGGCUUGGUGCCCCAGACAGAGAAGCACACCAGCAAGAGCAAGAGAAAACACAAGUUGGACCACAUGGAGCCAUCCGGCAACAACAAUAAAAAGCUACAAUUGGGCAAAGACUGUCAGCUCCUUCCACCUUGUAUUUCUCCAAUACACAACCACAAAAACAACUCUGUGGAAUCUCUAAACAGGAAACAGUCCCGGCGGCAAGAUGAGAAGCUCCUUCCUCCACUACUAUCCCCCCUUUCUGAAGAACCCCCUCAUAAACGUAUUUGUGAGAACAGUUCAUCUCUCAGCCAGGAUGGCGGCGCUACUUGCCCCGUGUCCUCCUCCACGCAUCGGCACAGGAGAGGAGAUAGCAGAGGAUUAUCACAUGCCAGAAAUGUUGCAACUAGUCUAACAGAUCAUCAUAACAAGAAGCCCUGCCAGUCCAACUCGGAUGCGUGGCCAGAAACACUGACAGAACCUGCAGAACCUCCCAGACCAAGACUGUCCUUUACUGACACUGUCCAUAGUGCAGACUACUAUAUGCAGGAAGCUAAAAGGCUCAAGCACAAGGCUGAUGCUUUGAUGGACAAAUUUGGUAAAGCAGUCAACUACGCAGACGGCGCCCUCUCUUUCAUUGAGUGUGGAAAUGCUAUGGAGCGUGAUCCUCUUGAGGCCAAAUCUCCAUACACAAUGUAUUCCGAAACCGUCGAGUUAAUCAGGUAUGCCAUGAGGUUGAAGAACUUCACCAGCCACUCAGCCACCAUAGCUGAGAAGAAACUUGCCGUGUUAUGUAACCGCUGUCUGUCGCUGCUGUAUCUGCGGAUGUUCCAUUUGAAGAAAGACCAUGCUGUCAAGUACUCCCGUUCGCUGAUGGAGUAUUUUAAGCAGAACUCGACCAAGAGCUCCCAUCAAGCACCCUCUCCCUGGAGGACAAAUGGAAAGAUCAACGGAACUCCGUCUCCACUCUCUCUCAGCCUCUCCCCAGCCAGCGGCGGUAUUGGAGGAGGAAUAUCGGGAGGGGCAACAAAUUCGUCUGGCAGCAUAGCUAUUCCGCAACGCAUCCACCACAUGGCGGCCAGUCAUGUAAACAUCACCAACAACAUCCUACGCAGCUAUGAGCACUGGGAGACUGCAGACAGAUUGGCCACUGGUAGUCAAGAGUUCUUCCAGGAGCUUGACUCUGCGAUAGAGCCUUUGAGUCAGCAGAGCGGCAUGACCGAGCUGGUCCGUUACAUCAGACAGGGACUGCACUGGCUUCGCAUCGAGGCUCACCUGCUGUAAGCGCUGGACCGGAGCCAGCUAUAAAAAGGGAAAAUCAUAAAAUGCGCCUGGGAGCUAGAACUGGGAUCAGUGAGAUGACACAUACAAUGACGCUUUUGUCCCUGGUGGGGUCCUUCAUAUGACACAACAUGCAAUCAUAAUAUAAUGGCAUUGAUUUGCUGGAUUAAUUGGGCCAAAAAUCAAUCUGCAUUUAGGAAUUAAAAGUAACUCCAUCCUUUGAAUGUGACUCACUGAGUGCAUAUUAGCAUAAUUAAAAUUGUGAGCGUCUUUGGAGAGACAACAAUUAUACUCGGUUUAAAUUCCUCCCUGAAUAGGAAUAUAAGUUAGAUGUAUUUUUAACAAGAUGGGGUUGUUUUUAAAAGGGAAAUGUUCAACCUGAUUUUAAUUUAAGAGGAUGACUCUUGGAAGGAAGCUCUAUAGAGGCUCCAAGAAACAUGCUGUCUGAUAUUGAUCCAGCUGUUAAAGUACUUGUCUGGUACACCAAUUAGACAAGGAGCAUGCAGGUAAUGGCAGGCUCUCUUAUAAACAUUACAAAUAAUUUAUUAACAGAAGAACACAAGACUAACACCUGUCACCUUAACGUGCCAUUCUUGUUAAGAUCUAAAUUCUCCUGUGGCUAUUUAUUGUUCAUGGUGUGAUUGUGUCCUUUACUUUUUAUUUUGUUAUAUUCAAAAUUAAAGAAAUCUGGUUGCAUUUUCAGCAAUUUAAGUGACCAUUGCUGCUGUUCUAUACACAGUUAAUCUGCAGCUUUAUUUGGGCACUUUAAUGAUUUACUUACAAUUGUACUAAAAAUACAGUAUUUGAAGCUGACAGUGUUUUUUUUUUUUUUGCCACUGUCUGAGUAGAUUGCAUUUUUGCAUACUUAUAUUUACUAUGUCGAUUGCCUUUGCACUAAAUCCUGACCAUAAUCGUUUGGUGGCAAUGCCUCUUAAUUUUGUUUUCUCAUUUCUUUUAGUAAUUUACGUCAUUAUCGUUCCUAAAUGCUAAGCAUUUUUUUGUUGUAGUGCUGGAAAACUCAAUACAUGAACCAAAAACUCAAUCUAACCAGUGGAGAUAAUCAGUAUUUGCUUGGGACCUUUCUGUCAUUGUUCUUAGUCAGGGGUUUUCAACUGGUUUUGUCCAAGGGACCACCAUUAUAAUCAAGAAGCAACUCGGGGACCACUGCUUUGGUGGAAUAUUAUUUUAUUUUUCACCCAAGGAGUAUAGACCUAUACAGGUUAUUUAUUUUGUCUAUUUUGGCAAUCUCAGAUACAUUUGACAUAAUUUGGAUGGGUGAAUGAAUAAAAAAAUUAGCUGGAAAAUGAAUCAAGUCAAAAUAAUGAAUCAAGUUUAUUUUUUUUAAAUUAUUUUCUAUUUCCAAGCCAUGAACCGGCGGACCACCGGUUGACAAUCCCUGUUCUAAGUGAAAUAUUUCACCAAAGAAUAAUCAGACUACCAAUCCCAGCACACAAAGAAUGUCACAUUUUGGUAUCCCUUGAGUUCCUUCUAGGCCUUACCAGUUCUUUUCAGAGACGUUGGCUCAGUUCUGGCUCCCACGGUAACCCAGCAACCUAGCUAACUGUCCAAGGUUGGCUAUAAAAUACAAGACCUUUCCAAUCCCACUAAAAGACUGUGCAACAAUGGCAACCUUGCACAAUAUUGAAUCCGAUCAACUCGCCACAGGACAUUUUGGUCUUUUGUUGUGUGUUGUUGUGCGUAUACGUGUACAGCUGAUUGUGUCGAGUCUUUGAAAAAUGACUGGACAACAGUGACAACAGUGUUUGUGCUCCACAAUAUAGGGACAGUGACUCCUGCAAACAGUGAUGUUGUUGUGUUAUUGUUGUUGUGGUUGUUUAUGUCAGUUCCAAGUGACCAGAUGAUUGAAUGAUGUGAAACAAGAUAUUGAACAUCUAUACUCUGUCAUGCGUGUGUGUGUGUGUGUGGUUUUGGGUGUGUGAGUGAGAGAAGUGUGACUUUGUUUACGGUCGCAUUCGCACAGCAACAAGUCCUCCACAUGAGAACUUAAAAAAAAAACAUGGACACUUUCCUCCUGUGCUGAUUCUUUUACAUUGAUUUUCAUCGUAUUUAUUUUUAGUCGUCGUGGUCUCCCUAAAUCCGGCUCAUCAAGAAUGAGUGCUUUGGUUUUCAAUCAUGUAACCACUGCUGAAUGUGUAUGGAAGACAAUGCAGAUGUGGAAAAAACAUUUGACAAAAAAGGAAAAAAACUUAAGUGCCUCUAUUCGUGUCCAGUGGGAAUUGCUCUAUUUAUUUAAGAACAAAUAAAGAAUCUAAAUGAUUUUCCAUACCAUAUUGGUACAAAUAUGAGAUUGUUUUUUGUAAAAUCAAAUGUUUCCAUAAGCUUUUUACUAGCAUUUACUGUAUGAUGACAGCGGGGGUUGGUUCGGCUUUAAGGAAAAUAUGUGAUUCCAAGUGUCAAGUUUCCAUUGUUCUUUUUUUUCUUGAUGUUUUGAGGGUUCGUCUCAAAUGCCUGAUAUGAAAAACGUUGCAUGCAAUAAAUGGUAGCGUCAG